CCGCAGAAGAAAUAGCAUGUUUACAGGCCCAAGUUGAAACGUUACUGGCUACAUCAAAAAAACAAGAAAUUAUUAGUGAGACACCUAAUUCUAUCGCUAACAUAUCAACGCCACCAGAAUCCCCAUGUAAUUCGCGACCAAGUAGUGACUUCUUUAAUGAAAUGAGCAGUGAAACAAAUAGUAUAGCCGAUGGUAUAAUUAAUGCUGGUAUAAAUACAAUAGUUACAACUGUUGCAAAUGGUGAUUGGGUAACAGUUAGAAAACGAGGUAGCAAGCGAAGAGGUGCAUCGCGAAGUCGCGGAGGAAAUCGUGGUGGACGACGGGUGAGCUUUCACCUUUAA